UCAAUUUGUUUGUUACCCAAUGUUCUAUACGAGGAAAACAAUAAAAUAUACUGUACGAGCUGUCAAUCAUUAGGUUUUGUCUCACAAGAGACUACUGCUUUAUCAUCCAGACAAAAUUAUGGCAACGACUUGAUCGGAGAAGAUUUAUCACGUUGUGUUGUUUGUUCAAAUAAGAAUCUAUUAUACCAAUUAUCGUGUUCUCACUUCUAUUGUUAUACCUGUUUACGAUAUUUAACUCAUUGUCGGUCGUGUGGGAAAGAUAUCACAAAUAGUAAAACCAUUAUAAACCUCAAAGGAAGAUUCAUGAACGUUAUCUUCUCUAAUAUAUUUAAUUUAUCGUUGACCGAAGCUCCGUCGUCUAAUCAAUGUUCGAUCCCACAAGAGCUUAGAGUUAUGUCAUCCAGGCAAAAUUUGGUCCCACAAGAGACUGGAGCUUCGUCAUCCAGACAAAAUAAUGUUCCACUACAGUUCGGAGUUCCGCCGUUUAAUCAAAAUAAUGUUCCACCACAGUUUGGAGUUCCGCCGUUUAAUCAAUAUAAUGUUCCACUACAGUUCGGAGUUCCGCCGUUUAAUCAAAAUAAUGUUCCACCACAGUUCGGAGUUCCGCCGUUUAAUCAAUCUUCUGUUCCAUCAGUGACCGAAGCUCCGACGUCUAAUCAAUCUGUUCCAUCAGAAGCCGAAGAUCCGCCGUCUAAUCAAUGCGAUGACACCGAAGGUAGUAACAGACCACCAAUAUUCUACAAUUUUUUUCCAUAAACAAUGAUUAGUCGUGGAAAUAUUACAUAAUGUAUUAGUGUGUAUACAAGGUGAGUCUGCCAUGUUCUAACAACAAUAAAUAUUGAUAUUGUCUAUAUUUUACAGUAUAAAUAUUAUUUUAGUAAUUGUUAUACGUUAGAAUAUUAAAAUUUUACUAAAAAUAUAGCUUUUCUAUUUAUAAAAAAAAAAUAUAUGUAUAUUUUUCAUUUUCGAAAAAUGAAAAGGCCAUAUAAUAUUGAUGUAAUUUUUUGUUUAUUAUUACAGUUAUUUAUAAUAUUGUAAACUGAGUUAACUGAGUUAAAUCAACUGUAUGGCUCAUUAACAUUUUUCUAAUAAAUUAAUAAAUAUAUUAAGUGAAUAGCAGUACAUUGUUUUCGUAUAAUCCAGCAAAAUCCUUUAAGUACACUACCAUAUACAUUAUUAUGUUUAACUACAUUAUUAUUAUAUUAAACUACAUAAUACACGUAGAAGGGCGAUGGCAUAGAAAUUCAACGCAGGCUUUAAACCCAACCCAACAACGCUGGGUGAGCUGUGAGUUACUAUUUUUGUUGUAUUAAUAAUAUUAUUACUCGGGGUAUGAGUACGAGGGUUUGUAAGAAAAUGAUGGAAAAAUAAAGAUAUCUUUAUUUUAUUAAUAUAAGAUUUAUUUUUAUUGAUUGUUAAUUCUCUAAUAUCAAUAUUGCCACGGGUUUUGACGGUUAUCAAUGAUACGUGGGAUUGAUUCACCUCGUGUAUCAUCCACAGUAAUAUGGUGGCUAUAUACAGAGUGUUCAGUAAGUCAGUUUAUCAGUAAGUCUAUUGUUCUCAUUAUUUGUAACAAUGAGAACAAUAGAAACCCGUUUCCUGACUUACUGAACACUCUGUAUGAAUCUUCUAAAUAACUCUUGAAAUAAACAUAUAUUAAAGAUGUAACGCUGCCAUAUAACUCUGUUCAAAUAUUAUUGAUUUAUUAAAUUUACUUGGUAUAUUUUUUAUUGUUGAUGAUUACUUGACUUUUCUUUUUGCUUACUUAAUCUAUGU